GAUUAAAAAAAAAAACAAGGAGUGUCAGCUACAAAAUAGUGUGCGGAGUGAAGAAUUGGGACGUGCGGUUUCAGUUGGGAGUUCGGAGUGUUGGACUUGUUUUGCGUUUUCGUUUGAAAAGCAUAAAGGAAAGGGCACCAAAUACAGGUGCACCGCGUGCCUGCUAGUUGUGAAAAUUGAAAACCAGUCUAGUGGGUGACCUAGCGGUGUGGCAUGGCAGCUCCUCGGCCGAUUAAAGGUAUUCUGAAGAACAAGAACAGCGGCACGGGCAUCAAAGUCGGCCCGGCCGAAGAAGUGCCAAUAGAGACUCCAGAACAAGUGGAACCAGGACUUCUGGAAGAUGACCAGCAGAAGAAGUCACAGAAGUGGGACGAGAUGAACAUCCUGGCCACGUACCACCCGGCAGACAAGGACUACGGCCUGAUGAAGAUCGACGAGCCCAGCACACCCUACAAUAGGAUGGUAGGGGAUGAGGAGGACGACGGGGCGCUGAGCGACUCGGAUGUCAACGCUCCCACUGUGGACGACCUUGCUUCCAGGUUGGCGGCUGCUGAGGGAACGGAACCACGUUUCAUGCGUGAGGAGGAGGAGGAGGAGGAGGAGGAGAGUAGUGAGGAAGAAGAGGAACUAACCCCAGAGGAUCAAGCGAAAAAGAAGCAGUUCCAGAUGAUGAGGAAAAUGCAUUACAACGAAGGCCUCAACAUCAGGAUGGCGCGGCAACUCAUAGCCAAUGAGCUGGCGGAAGAAGAGGACGAGGACGAGGAGAUGAGGGACGACACUGAAACAGAGGACAUCAGUGUAGACCCCCCACAGGAUGCUCUGGAUUCCUAGAGGAGUAGGAAGAGGGAAGAGGAUGGUGAUGUGCCACUGGUCCUGGCCCCAGCCGGUUCAUCUUGGCUCUGGAAACAUUUAAGAGACACACUAGUUCUACAUGGCCGGGCCAUCGAGCAGAGAGUAACAGCUUCAUUGCCUCCCUUCAUAAAACCCUGUGUUCACGCGCGUGUCAUUGUAUUUCCCGGAAACACUGAAAUGCAAAGCAUAUCGACCCUGCUGGUUGCUUCUCCUCAUUGCCAAGAGUAUUUCAAAAAACUGCAAGGAAGACUUGUGUACUAAAGUCACCUGUAAGGAAGACUUGUGUAGUAAAAACCAGGACUUGUUGAAACAGGCUGUUAUUAUUUACCAGGACUCCUGCCACGCUCACUCACGCACCAGCCCGCUUGCUUUCUGUCUGUCUGUAUUUCCUUCCCAGCUCCUCCUGAGCCCUUGGAAAAGCUUGUUGGAAACUCCAGUUCUACAAGAAAGACAACACACCCCAUUAAAACUUCCUCCCUGGGUGAAAGUAUUGUAUAAUUAUAAUGAAGGUGUAUAUGCAGAAGGAUUUCUCUUUUUUUCUUCUGAUUCCAUUCUGUUUCAAAAAAACGAAUUCAAACAAAGACUAACACCAAAACAGAAAUUUGAAACCUUAAUGAGCUAGAUGCUGUUUUGUUUGUUUCGGGACUUUGUUCCCCUGAUCAAUGUGGGUUUCUGUUAUGAACACAGGAACAGCCCAAGUUUUCCUGCAACUCACAGGGCACCUCCGUGUUUGAGGUGACCCGCAUUUUAAUCCUAAAUAAUAUUUACACGGCCACUAUAGGAUUUGGUACUGAUUUUUUUUUUUUUCUUCUUCCAGCAAGGUCCAUUGCCUUAAUAGGGCUGAAUCGGACAGCACAACCACAUAUAUUAAUGAAAUGUUUUACUAUAGAUUGCAUUGUAAUACUUAACCAUUCAAUAGCUUAACGUUACUUGCGGAAUUCUGCAUAUUGAAAUUGAUGUGCAGAUAACCUAGCUUGCCAUGAAUACCUGUGGAACCUUACUUUACUACCCACAGAUAACACCGCUAUGUGGCUAUACUAAUGCCAUGGCUGCGCCCCUAGUUAAGGAUAAGGGCCGUUGGAAAAAAACCCAGAGAAGGCUUGUACUACUGAUUUGUGGGGCUGUAUUCACUUCAAACCCAAAUGGAGCAAACAGACUAAAAUGCUGAGGUGACGUUAAAUAAGAAACUUUUGUUUUUGUUAAAGGGAAAAAAAAGCCUAGGUUUGCUAUGAUGGGAACUAGUGAAUACACCCUGGGACAGUGUCCUAUACAAUGUCAAAAAGGCUACUGAACGACUCCUAGCCUGUGCUGGGAUUGUGGCGGCGUAAUGGGUUGAAGCAUGACAGGAAAGAUCCCUGGGAUAUGUAGUUGAUAUCGUGGUCACUCUUACAUUCUGUAUGAAGUGUGUGGUUUUGCAGCAUGUCCAUGAUUUUUUUUUU